CAAAGAAUCGUUAACUUGCUUUAAAAAAACGGACGUUUUCGCAUGAAUAAUUUUUUCGCUUGAUUUGAUUUGUCUACGGUGAAAAAAAAUAUAAUCCAGAGCUCAGCUAAAAAACACAUUAUGACGUCUGCUGGUACACAAGUAGCCGCCCUUGCCUUAUCGUCUUGUUCGGGUGGUAGCGCGCCCUCUGACGUAAUGGCCACGGCUGUAGAUAGAACUGGUGGUGAUGCCGUUCUUCAAGAAAAUUACCGGAGAGAGAUUUUAAAACUUAGAGAUCUGCUCAAUGUCUUCUCUAUUAAGUUUGCGUAUUGGAAGAGUUGGAUGGGCGCGGGCUUGAAGGACAAGAUAAGAAAAAUAGCAGCAGAUGCCAUCAACUUGUCAGACGACCAACUGCCCGCUUUGUUAACGUUACAGGAGAGCCGACUUUACAGCCUAACACAGAUGUCAGCCUACGCCUUUUUCCUCACCUCCCAGUCAUGUGACCCUGGCUAUGGAACCGACGCUUACGCAGACCUGGAGGAAAUAACCAACACUCAACUCCGAACGGUGUGUCUACUUAAGCAGCUUCUUCAGCCGCGACUCACCAAUGACGUCAUCCACAGCUUCGUCAUCCAACAUUACACCAAACAAGUCAUCACUUUAGCUGACCAAACGCCCACCGUAAAAAGGGCGUUCACCGCCACUGUAAUGGACCUUAUAAAUGAGACCAUCGGUUCUGGUUCCUAUUUCAUUAGAUCUCUUGACGUCUCUUAAACAAUAGAUAAAGUGGUGAAGAAUAGGGCUGGUAAAUGAGUCACCAACCAGUUCCACGGCUCAAUAAAACCUGCAUGAGCCAAAGAUCUGGUUGGUUACCUACUUACCAGCCCUAUUAUCGGACAUGGCUGUGCCAGAUCUUUAUGUUGACAAACUUUAUAUACAAUAGGGCUGGUAAGUAGGUCACCAACCAGUUCUACGGCUCAAUAAAACCUGCAUGAGCCAUAGAACUGGCUGGUGACCUACUUACAAGCCAUAUUCAAGAGAGCUUUACUUGCUAGCUGUACUUUGAUUAAACAUAUCGUAUUGGAUGGCGAAAUACAUGGCAGUAUAAUGUUGUCAGCCUAUGUAGACCUUAAGGCUAUGUUGUAAAACAUAUCAUUAUCCACGUCCCUGAAAUAACGCUUGAAACAGUAUUCAGUUUUUCUUAAAUGUAAAGAAUAUUCAAAAGGCAGCAAAUUAAAAUAAUUGAACUACAUGUGAAUGUGCUUAAAAAUAAAAAUAAAUUUUAAAAAAGUAAAAAUUAAAUGUGAUGUCAUGUUUUGAGUGCCUUGAAUGUUUUGCUGUAAGAGUUAAGUAAAGGCCCAUGCCUGCUAUGAUAAUUGUCGAAAUAUCCGCGAUGAUUUAGGGUGGGGGAUUUAGCCCUACCACAAAUUGCAUAAUUGUAAUUAUUUUGACUUGUAUAUAAGAUCUGCUGCUCUUAAUGUGAAAAUGUGUACGGCAGAUGAGGGGUGGGGGAGAGAGGGAUGGGCCACACGGAUGAUGUCGCUGUCUGGGAAAAAUAAAAAAGUAUUUAGCUCUUGACUCCAAAUGAACACCCGUGACAUGCUCAUUGAUUUGAUUUCUGUAUUGAUAUUUUGUUUUCUGUUAUUAGUUACAACAAAUU